AAAGUUUAAACCACUUGUAGCUGCAGUGCCAGAGUCAGACCUCCGCGAGCACGUUUAUCUGGCCCUGGAGCUCCGCCUCUUCUCGCGAGAAUUGACGAAUGCCCCCGGAUUUGUCUGAAGAAUUCUGAUUCCGGUUCGAGUAGUAGGAGUUAUGAGGUCGCUCCUGCCUUUCCGAGCCGUUCGAUGCCUAUGGGCCGGUGGAGCACUAGUCAGGGCUCCUAGCAGGCCCGUGAGCUCCGGGAACCUUCAGCUGGAGGAGCUCUUUGCCAGCGGCGGCGCCAUGAGAAGUUUCCUCGAACGCCUGGAGAAACCCAGGUUCCAGGCCCCAUCCUGGGUACAGGGGCCGGAAUUGGCGAUGGCGACCCAGAGACUGAGGGAGAAGGAGCGGGAACUUCAGGAGACGGAGCAGCUGCUGGAGGAUGAGAAUGAAGACAUAAGAAAACUUGCAGAAAAUGAAAUAAUAUCCUGUCAGAAAGAAUUAACCAAAUUGAAGCAAAAGAUAAUCUUACUCUUGAUUCCCUCAGAAGAAACAGAUGAAAAUGAUUUAAUCUUAGAAUUAACUGCUGGAGUUGGUGGUCAGGAAGCUAUGCUGUUUACUUCAGAGAUGUUUGAUAUGUACCAGCGAUAUGCUACAUAUAAAAAAUGGCAUUUUGAAGUACUGGAAUAUUUUCCCAGUGAAAUAGGUGGCCUAAGACAUGCAUCUGCCAGUAUUGGGGGAUCAGAAGUUUAUAGACACAUGAAGUUUGAAGGAGGCGUGCAUCGAGUACAACGAGUUCCGAAAACUGAAAAACAAGGCCGUAUGCACACCAGCACAAUGACUGUAGCAGUACUGCCCCAGCCUAGUGAAAUUAACCUGGUAAUCAGUCCUAAAGAUUUACGAAUUGAAACUAAGCGAGCUAGUGGAGCUGGGGGUCAGCAUGUAAACACUACUGACAGUGCUGUUCGAAUAGUCCAUCUUCCAACAGGUGUUGCUACUGAAUGCCAACAAGAGAGGUCUCAAAUAAAAAAUAAGGAAAUGGCCAUGAAAAAGUUACGAGCGAAACUAUAUGGCAUGCAACUAGAAGAGGAGAACAACAAACGAUACAAUGCUAGGAAGAUUCAGAUUGGAACCAAAGGAAGAUCAGAAAAAAUAAGAACAUACAAUUUUCCACAAAAUAGGGUUACAGAUCACAGAAUAAGCAAAUCAUUGUAUGACAUACAAAGUUUCAUGUUAGGUGAAUAUCUACUAGAUGAACUUGUUCAGUCAUUAAAGGAAUAUGCUGAUUAUGAAUCUGUAACAGAAGUUAUUUCAGAAAAAUGUUAAUUUGUCCACAAAAAUCCUGUCUUGUAGUUUAGCAAAAUCAGUUUCUAUUAUGUCAUCUUUAAUGUACAUAAUGCUAAUCCUUUUUAAAAUGUCUACUUGAAAAUCAUAUUCAUUUAUCUAUAAAUAUGUAUUUUACCAGUAAGGGAAGCCAGAGUAAUUUAAUUUGUGUUUCAGAGUUCUUAAACUGUUCCUUUUGUUAGUUAUAUUGUCAAAAGACAGAUAGUUUUCUAGACAUUUUCACAUUCUGUGAAUGUGGUUGUAAAUGUAUUUGUUAUCCUAAUAAUUAUUUUUGAUCCAAAUCAACAGAUAUUAAGUGUCUGCUAAGUGAAAGAAUUAAAUAGAUAACUGGUUUAAUAAGUCUUCUUUCUGUGACUUUUUUUUUCCAUUAUUAUCAUGAAGUUAUCAUGGAAGCCUUUCUGAUAUACACCACCUAUUUUAUUUGUAGCACAUUUUCAUGCCAAAUCUAUGAUAGAUAUAAAAAAUGAACUAAUGAACUCUAGUUUAUAAAAAUGACGGAAACUAAUACAGAUUGUCUUUAAACGAGACUUUGUAAUGAUACAUUUUUAGAUACUAUUUCUGUCCAGGGAGUGGAUAGAAGGAACCUACCUUUGUGGAGCAGUUUUUCUUAGACCUUAAUACACCAGUAUUACUGGUCCAGUUAUACUGAACCUUUGUUUACUUCCUCUCUUCCUUAAAUAUGUGGGUCAGUUAAUGUUUUCAGCACAUUUAUUCAAGCACUAUUAUGUGCUAGAAGUCAGGAAUAAAGUUUUAUUUAU